AACUCUCACUUCUCCUUCCUCCUCCGUCAUCUGCUACAGUAUCUGGUUCAAAAAAGGAAGUCGUUGGUUCUGGAACCUCCGCCUGUGUAUAAAAAAACCCUAAUCGCAAAAGCUUCACCGCCCUCAGACCGCCGAUCCCAACAAAACCCAUUUCUCAAUUUUCUUCAAAAAAUUAAAAAAAUGGGCGAAAAUAAAAAAGGAAAAAGAGGUCGAAAAGCCAAAACCCCAGAAGCCGAUGACACCAACAUCACCACCAUGGACAUCCAAUACACCAACCCCACCGCCGCGGAUGACGCCGUCUCAGUUCCGGCGAGCGAAUCCACCUCGGACCCCGGCAGCUCCCAGCCCGCCCGCCGCGGUAGAGGGCGUCCCAGAAAGACCGAGAACGCCAACAUGGCGGGUUCGCCGGAACGGCGGAGCUCGAGACACAUGGAUCAGAACGGCGAUGGUGGGCACGCCUUGGCGGUCGUUUCGGAGCCGCCGAUGAUGGUGCCGAGCCGGGAGAGCGUGGAGAAGGUGGUCCCCGCCAUGGACGCCGUCGUGAAGGUGUUCUGUGUCCACACGGAGCCGAAUUUCUCGCUGCCGUGGCAGCGGAAGCGCCAGUACAGUUCGAGCAGUAGUGGGUUUGUGAUUAGGGGAAGGAGGGUGCUGACCAAUGCGCAUUCUGUGGAGCACUAUACGCAGGUGAAGCUCAAGAAACGCGGCUCUGAGACGAAGUACUUGGCCACUGUGUUAGCCAUAGGCACCGAGUGUGAUAUCGCGAUGCUUACUGUGAGCGAUGAUGAGUUCUGGAAAGGAGUUUCACCUCUGGAGUUUGGAGAGUUACCUGCACUCCAAGAUGCCGUGACAGUUGUCGGCUACCCUAUUGGGGGUGACACGAUCUCUGUGACAAGUGGUGUUGUGUCACGUAUGGAGAUACUGUCUUAUGUUCAUGGAUCGACUGAGCUUCUAGGACUGCAGAUAGACGCUGCAAUAAACUCUGGCAACUCUGGUGGGCCUGCCUUUAAUGAUAAGGGAGAAUGCGUGGGUAUCGCGUUUCAGUCUCUUAAACAUGAAGAUGCGGAAAAUAUAGGCUAUGUCAUACCGACACCAGUUAUUAAGCACUUCAUCCAAGAUUAUGAGAAGAAUGGGGCAUAUACAGGGUUCCCAGUUCUUGGAAUCGAAUGGCAGAAGAUGGAAAAUCCUGAUCUGCGGAUCUCAAUGGGGAUGAGACCUGAUCAAAAGGGUGUGCGUGUUAGAAGAGUUGAACCUACAGCUCCACAUUCUCAUGUUCUGCAGCCAUCUGAUGUUAUUCUUAGCUUCGAUGGGGUUAAUAUUGCAAAUGACGGCACAGUUCCAUUCAGGCAUGGAGAGCGCAUAGGUUUCAAUUACCUUGUCUCUCAAAAAUAUACUGGCGAUAGUGCUCUAGUAAAAGUUCUUCGUAACUCAGAGAUACUUGAGUACAACAUAAAACUUGGAACUCACAAGCGACUCAUCCCAGCACACAUUAAGGGUAAACCUCCUUCAUAUUACAUCGUUGGUGGUUUUGUUUUUGCAGCUGUAUCUGUUCCAUAUCUGCGUUCUGAGUAUGGAAAGGAUUACGAAUUUGAUGCUCCAGUCAAGCUGCUGGACAAACAUUUACAUGCAAUGGCGGAGUCUAUCGAUGAACAGCUAGUUGUUGUUUCUCAGGUGCUUGUUGCUGACAUUAACAUUGGAUACGAGGACAUUGUGAACACUCAGGUUCUUGCUUUCAAUGGUAGGCCUGUGAAAAAUCUGAAGAGUCUGGUUAGCAUGGUGGAGAAUUGUGACGACAAGUACCUAAAGUUUGACCUAGAAUACAAUCAGAUGGUUGUACUAGAGACAAAAACCGCCAUGGCGUCAACUCUAGAUAUCCUCCUUACACAUUGCAUACCUUCAGCUAUGUCUGAUGACCUUAAGUCUUAAGCCCUGAAAGGAGACCUAUUCCCAUAGAUGAAGUUUAGAAUGCUUGUAGAAGGAAGGGAAAUAUUUCAUUCUCCUACGGAGAACAGAAGCCGGGAAUUAAUCCGCCAUUUCUGUCAUAACCAGCUUCUUGAAGUAUCUGCAGACGUUCGACCGCGUUAUAACGAUGUCUUCCCUAUGUUAUUGUAUUUAUAUUAGCCAGUUCUUGUUACAGAGCAGAAGAAAGCAGCGAGGAAUUGAAGUUCGGUUUUUCCUAGGAUUAGUUAGCAUCAUACGUUCUGAGUUUUGUCAAUUUCAGUACCAGCUAAAAACAUGUGAGAUGUUCAUCAUGUAACAUUUUAACCGGCUGAUUUAUUUGAGAAUAAUACAAGUUGGAUGGAUUGUACUAUAAAA